CAAGUGUGUCACAAUGCGCAUACUGUUUACUUACCAUUUUUUGAUCUACUAAGUUAUGUGUACUGUAGUGCAUAUGUAGAACUGUUGUGAACACAAAAUAAAAUCAUCGAUCAUGGGUAGAGGGGGGUUAUCCUUAGUCUCGCCUACACGAUGAAUUGAGGUAAUGAGUAACAAUUUCCGAUGAAAAAUUAAUUUAAUACAACACGAGUUAUCCACACAGUUGAUUCCGCUAGUAUGUAAAACAGGCAAACACACGUCAUUCGUCUCCUGUGUGUUUUGCAAGGUGGGGACGGUUUAUUAAUUAAACAAGUUUCAUUGUUUCUUUUUUUUUUUUAGAUUUCGUGCACGAGAAAAUCUCUCCCUGUUGUGACUUUUCCCUGCUGGUGAUGGAUCGUCCGUUCCGAUGUACGCCCUUCUGUGUUUCGCUACUUGUCUUUGUACACCGUGACAGGUUUGACCAUUCGUCUGUAGAGGUUACACAUUGUAUGUGCUAAUUAGUUACCUACGUAACUAAUUUAUUUCCUGUGUAGCAUACCUGAAAGAAUGUGGCUGCCCCAUUAAAUUUCAACGUAGACGACUGGAAUUACUAUCGUGGUUGUUUUGGAAGUUACGUAGAGAUAUAAGAUGAGGCACAGCAAAAGAAUACUUUUGUUCUUUGGAAUAUGGAUAUUGUUGUCCUUCAUCGCCAUCAUUUUGAAUGUGUUGAACAUCAACUGGAGCAAAACGAGCUACAUCAACGCUAUCAUCAUCGUCGUCGUCCUCGGUGUUUUACAGGGAAGCGUCAUGGAGUUUCCUAUGCAAACAGUGGCUACAUUGUUGAUAGGAGGGCAAACUCGACACCCCUCGAAAGCAAAAUGUGACAGAUUCACUAUCAUUUUAAACUACAAUCUUCUUGCUUUGAGCACAGAUGAAAUAGAUGACUGUCUUGAUAAUAUGUUCCAGGCAUUCAUGGGUAAUCUGAGUCCCAAUGUGUCCGCGGUGUUGGUAAGCGCUACUGGAGCAGAGGAACUGAAAGAGUAUGAGAUAGAGGUAGUCCAGAAAUACAGGUCUCAAAUAUAUGAUUGUUUAUUUCAAGAGGGCGUGUCAUUUGCUAAGGAAGAUUUUGAUUCAAUCAAUUCCGCACGCAUGGAACACUUGUGGAAAUUGUAUGAGGAUGUGGAUAAAAAUGUGUUUAUUACAGAAUUUUUGCAUGAUAUAUGUGAUCGCUUCGCACGUGAGUUUAUGGUGGUACAUCGCGUCAGUCGUGUGCUACGCAAGUGUGGACAGUAUCAGGAUCUUAUGCUUCUUUCAGAGGGAGAUGACGUAGCUUUCACAUACUGUGACGGUGCAUAUUACGGCACGGAUGCUAGAGCUUAUGCUGAGCCUUUAUUUCACGAAUCUGAAGAUGUCAACAAUAUAUUUGGCAGAAAAUUUGACUACACUUUAGUUUUAGAUGGAGAUACUGGUGUUCCAGAUGGGUGUGUGCACGAGUUACUAUCUAUAGCUGCAGCAAAUCCCGAGAGAGGAAUCAUACAGCCCGCCAUCAAACUGUAUUGCAAUGAUACAGACACGAUUUUCAUGCAUAUAGAAGAAAUGCGACAGACUAUUUACGAACCUAUGACAAAUGCAGUCAUGGAGCUACUCGGACAGUCGGCAUACUUUGGGAAAGCAAUGAUAAAAAAUAAAAUUUACAUUGAGAGAGUGAUUGGAACUCGAGAAAAUCCAAUAGAACGCGUUCCGAUCGACGUGUUAAGUCAUGAUACUUUUGAGGCAGCUCUUUUACAACCCCUGUACGCAGGAUCUGUACAUUUGCUAGAAGCACCUUCAUUUAAUUUUGUCACCUGGAACAUUCGAGAAAGACGAUGGAAUAGAGGAGAAGUGUUACUAGCGAUGUAUUUCUGGAAGAAUGCUUUAGGAAAACCAAUGAGAUGGAUUCAAAAGAAGAUGAAAGGGGACAAAUUCAACUCUACUCGACUUCGCACCGAAUCGUAUCUGGAUUUUGUGAGCAGUUUCAUUGCUUAUGCUGCUCUGAGACAGAUGAUGAUGAAGCCUUUCUUAUUGUUUUAUAUCAUUAUUCACGUCAGCAUUCACCUUCGCUACAGAUAUGCUUCAAUCAUAAUUGUAAUGUUUCUAGUUCUUUUGUUUCCCAAAUUUGCAAUUUGCAACAAGAAGAACUAUAAACAGGUUAUCGUUGAAACUAUUGCUUCCAUUUUACAAUUUACACCAGAGGCAGUAGUGGGUUGUGUAAGGCUUGUCAAAGCCAUACAAGCCAAUCUAGGCGCCAAGAUUAAAUGGAUUCCUCAAAGAGCUGUAGAGGAUGAAUUUAGGGCUUCCAAUUGUUUUAUCUCAAGUUUUAAACACCUUUGGGGAUAUUCUGUUUUUGCUUUAAUUUGUGGCAUUAUCAUUGUUUUAUUUUUUCAACAAGCCGUGUUGUUGCUGGCAUUGCUAACCUCAUUAUUUAUCCUGCCAUUGUAUACGGGUGUUACGUCACUUCCGCUGAAGAAAAAUGAAGAUCAUCAUUUUUAUACUUCAAAUGUAGAAAUUGCUACAGGAUCAGCACAUGCUCCAGGUAUAUAUAGGUCAACUGAGGAACUGGAAUCUAUAAAUAAAAAAUCAUAUUCAAUUGUGUGAUAUAAAAAAAAAUGUUCGAAGUUCAUAAACUUGGAUAUAUAUGUAUAGGAAUCUGUUUUUAAAAUAAUGUGAAAAUGUUCUGUAUAGUUUUCAUUUUAUCUUUUCAAAACAUUUACAGGACUGUGUGUGAUACAUUGUUAUAACACGUAUGUCCCAAAACCAUACAUAGAUUAAACUUGAAAUGAUUGAAAUGUUCAGUGUAUUAAAAAUAACAACUCGUAUACAAGUACAUGUAUAUAAAUCGAUGCCUAUCAAACAUGUUUUCUAAUUGUGUAAUAAUCAGACUUUUUGAUAACUAUCAUCUAACCAUCAGCUGCCGCGAGCGGUAAAUAUGAUAAUUUAUAGAAAUAUAUUGAUGAGAGUAAAAUCAUGUUGCAUGACAUUUUGUGACCAAGUCAUCUUAAUGAUAGAACACACCGUUUAUUGUAUAGAUUUGGUAAGAUGGUUGUUCCUUGCAUGCUGGUAGUCCACAAGGUUCUGUUCUUUGAUCCUUCUUAUUUCUAAUAUUCCUGUAGUAAAUGUUUAUUCUUACUGAGAUGUCACCAGCUGUAGUGAAGCGCUACAAUUUAUACCAUAACGCUCAGAUUGAUAGCUAUGAAGGUUACCUUACAUUAACAUGGGAUCUCGGUGUUUGCAUGAUGUCUCACCCGGAAGACCCGUGACUCUCAGUUCUAACCCCGGUGGCAUAGCGAGGGAACCGUCACUACCCGUUCCAAACGUUUUAGCCUCAGUGCAGUCGCCGGGACUUGAACCUCUAGGUUGUGAAGCGAGCGUCUUAACAUUAUGAAUACAAAAAGAAAACCCAAGGCGUCUGAAAAAAUAAAUAAAUUCAGCCUUGUUUCAACCCAUUUUCUCUUUAUAUUGUACCUAUGUAUUAGACAACGGUUAUAUAUACCUAUUAGGUACCUGGUAAGGAUAUAUGUACAGGUUUGGAUUAAAAUGUUACAACAACUCCAUCUAAGUGCUGCAAGUAACAGACCUGACAACACUGGACUCAAGAGAUGUUCUCUAUUUCUAAACAGAUUUGGGAAACUCUAAGCAGCAUGAGAAAAGCAAUCAGUCUAAACACUGUGCAUAAAACAUAACUUGAAUGGUUCCUGACUAUUUAGAAAUAUGAAACCUAAUGUAUGAUCUCUGUAUCCAACAUUGAUGCCAGGAAUACAGUGAAUCAGGACUCACUAACCAAUUCAAUGUUCCGUCCGCCACAAAGGAAUUUAAUUCAUUACUUUUUGAUAUCGUAUUUUAAAAAGAUUUGCAAAUUCGAAAAGCUGUAGUACAGAAUAUAAUUCUGAUAAUCGUUUAGGGAACAGCGACUAAAAACUAGGCCACAAUUGCAUUUUGAACAAAAAUGUGUUUAUUUUUGUAUUUCUGAUUAUAUGUGAUGUGUGUAGAUAACGUUUCUAUGUAUUGGAUUUGUAAGGAAAGGGCAAUUUAUGCUUUAAAACCAGUGUCCAGUCCCGAAUUGUGCAUUAUAUAUAUGGCAAUAAACUAUGUUCAAACCAAACCAAGAAUUUUUUUUUUUUUUUUUUUUUUUUUUUUUUUUUUUUUUUUUGGUUGUUGUUGUUGUCAUUUUACAAUUGAGUAACUGAGAAGUUGGAAACAACACAUCAUCAUUUCAUUGCACUCAAGAUCGAGACAGUCAAUGUAAAACGAUCAAAUUUCAUGUAUAAUGAAUGGUUGGUGUGAAAUUUGUAAUCAUGAUUUAUCAUUUUUAAAGCGCAUUUUAAAUUCUAAAAACUAAUCCACUAUAGAAAUUUACAAAAUUGUGAUUUCUGCUUGAUUUAUUUCACAAUGAAUCUUAAACUGCAGUCAAUAGGAAGAGAGUGUUUCAUUCAAAUAUUUUUAAAACAAAUUGUAUUUUCUUACAAAUCUACAGUGUAUUAGUUAAAAGGUACAUAAACUUUCUCUUUAUAACAAUAUUCAAUAGAAUUAAUCAUUUGUCGCUGAUAAGUAUUAGAAAAUUAGAUUUAACUUAUUCUAUCAAGGGCGUAGAACUCUUAAACUUCCAAAAAGUUUCAAGUGUAAAAAGAUCGGUUUCUAAUCCUUUACCAGUCAUGUGAAUUUGAUCUUUUUCACUUUCAUCCUUAUUCAACAAUUAACAUCUAUCUUGAUUUAAAUCAUUCACAAUUGUUCAAUCUCCUGAAUACAUGUACCUUGAAGUCUUUCUUUUCUUUACCAUAAUGUUCCAAUAUUUACAUUCAGUAUAUUUUCCCUACAGAGAUGCUUUACAAAUCAGAGGUAUUCAAUUUCCUAUGAAUUCCAGCAA